AUGCCGUAGUCUAAGCGGGACCGCAAGGUUUCCCUGACGCGGACGCCCAGGAAAGGGUUGGAGGCCAAGCAGGCGCUGAUCGCUGAGCUGCGGCGAUGCGUGGACACUUACAAGUACAUCUUCGUCUUCUCCGUCGCCAACAUGAGGAACAACAAGCUGAAGGACGUGCGGAACGCCUGGAAGCACAGCAGGAUCUUCUUCGGGAAGAACAAAGUCAUGAUGGUGGCGCUGGGCCGGGAGCCGAGCAGCGAGUACAAGGAGAAUCUGCACAAGGUCAGCAAACACCUGCGAGGUGAAGUUGGUCUCCUCUUCACUAACCGCACCAGAGAGGAGGUGGAUGAGUGGUUCUCCAAAUUUAAAGAAGUGGACUUUGCCCGCGCAGGGAACAAGGCGACAUACGCAGUGAGCCUGGACACAGGGCCCUUGGAGCAGUUCCCCCACUCCAUGGAGCCUCAGUUACGGCAGCUGGGAUUGCCAACGGCAUUAAAGAAAGGAGUGGUGACGCUACUUUCCGAUUACGAAGUCUGCAAAGAAGGGGAUGUUCUCACCCCUGAACAAGCCCGUGUCCUGAAACUCUUCGGCUAUGAGAUGGCAGAGUUUAAAGUCACCAUCAAAUUUCUGUGGAAUUCUGAGACGGGAGACUUCCAGAAGCUUGUGGGAGGCACAGCGGAGGAGGAGGAGGAGGAAGAGGAGGAUGACAAUGGUGAUGACAGCAACGAGGACUAG